AGCUGCUAAAGUAUCUAUUUUACUUUCUAGAACAAUUAGAUGAUCCAAUCUCUUAUUUCCUAUAAAUGGUUACUGUAGAUACAUGCUCGAAGGAAGGAACAUUGUGUCCUUCAACCAUUUAUCUCGGUUGAUGCCAACAUCCACGCGUCAUUUGGAGUUUCAUCGUUUACAAAUAGAUACCUCUUAUGUAGCUGUUCGUCUGUCUACUUAGCUGGAUUCAUAUGUAGCUAUCAAUGUCGUAUAGCUAUGUAACUAUUCUGUCUGGCUGCCUCAUCGAAUACCCUCUUCAACGGUAGGUUCCUUUAGCGUAGCUUUUCUUAGUACCGGUUGGUUCAUCGUCGUAAAGCCAAGUCAUUUGCAAAUAUUUGCACCAGCGGAGUUUUUACACGCGUCGGAAACGAGUCUAAUGAUUACGCGAGGCGACGAGGAAAUUUACCUCGUUGAUAAGCACUUGCGAUUCCAGUACCUUCCACUUGCGAUACCAGUAAGCACAUACCUUCGUUGAAUUUUAUAUUCCUUUGUUUAAAUUAAACCGUUUGACAGGUGUCUUUUUUACUUACUUAUUGACGAGUGUGACAUUUGCCGCCCGAGCAAAGCGAGGGUAGGAAUCACCAACACGAAUAGGACUCACCAACUUCCCGCACUUGUAUCAUAAUGUACUAUUGUGGUUGACUUCAAAGAAAAUUCAUAAACACGGUACAUAUCUUACAACAUAUCUGCAACGACAUAAUCCAAAUAUCACCACCGAAACAGACUGAAAACAUCAGCGAGAAUGCUCGUAAUAGCCGUGUGGGCCAGUCUAUUCCUGGCACAUUCGAGCAGGUUGCUUGUCGCCGGUGGUCAGCAACAGUACGCCCAUCCACUCUCAGGGCAAAUGUCGGUCCUUGGUGGAAUGGGUUUUAGCGACAAGCGUGCCAACAUGGCAGAACCAUCUUGCGAGGAAUUACGCGCCAUGUGGAGAUACAGUAAACGACAGAGCAGGGCGGCUGAGAUGACUAACGAAAUACCGACGUAUCACGAUCCGUUUUCUUACAAUGUUUGGGAAUCCUACAUGGACAGGUCGCAGCCAUCCCUAGGAUAUAGAGACGGUUAUGCUGUGGCAAGAAGUCGGGGUGCUGGGGGAGCGCCUAUUUACGGUAGAGUGAUCCACAAAGCACCAGCAGGUCAAAGGUUACGCACUGGUAUGCCAGACAGGACAAGAGCCUUUGAGGAAGUGACUCGUCUCUACGGAACGAUUAAUCGUCAUCCACCGUCGCCUCGUCGUCGUAUGAAUUUUCGCGUUGGGGGGGGAUCAUCCUCGUCUUUAUCUCAAGUACCGCAGGCCGGAAGUUUCCAGCAUCUUAAGGAGCUCAUCCGCACGGAACGUGCCCGGGAAUUACAGGAGCAGCGCAUGGCAGAGGAAAUGGCAGCAAGGGCGGCAGUCUUAAAGGAAAUAUCUAACGGAAAUCAUCACAGUUCUGAGGAAGAUUCACGAGGUCACUUUAUGAAUUCCUUGCAACCAUAUCAGGGCUCGAAGAAUUUGAAUUUCGACUACGAUCAAUCACGAUAUGUCUCCAAUAUUGCUAGCUUGGGUCAAGCGUUGUCACGAGGUGAUCAAUACGGCCGUGGGGAGUACAUGUUGCGUUAAAGGGACGCUCUUCUAGAAACGCAGUGGGGGUCGAAUGUGAGGUAUACGAAGCGAGUAUUGCGUGAGUAUAUCACGUGAUUCGCAUCAUGGCCAUUUUAUUAUGCAUUGCUUUUGAGUCUGCGGGGUUAGUCCCCGCGAAAGAGGAAUAAUAACUUAGCCUAAAUUUGUGUGCUUGAUGAGAAGGGACAUUGCGUGCCAUGUGUUCUCAGAAUUCCGUGGCGUCCCACGCGUUCGACUCGUACACCGAUUAGUACAGCCCCGCGUAAUUAUAUAUUACCGAUGCUCAGAAUGCAUCUAUGAAUUGUAUAGAAUGUAAAAUGAGAUGGCACAUGGCCAGAUACGAAGGUGACAAUAAGAGAGAAAGAGUGAGAAUGGAGAGAAAGAUAAAUAGAGAGAGGCACUCACGUAUCGAGAGCCUCGAUCGACCAAGAUGGCGAUACCACGAGAUAAUAUAUUCAAAUAAUUACCAAACUUCGAACAGUUCGAUACGAGAAGGCUUGAUCACGAUCUCAAUCUCAAUCAAAUAGUCUCUUACAUUCUCUUGAUUUUAUUCGUACCUAUCUCAGGUACAUAUUCAGCUAUAUCUUGUAGUACCUAUCGAUAUUAUCCUAGUCAUUAUUUUUUUUAUUAUUUAUAAUUAUAGGCAGAACCUACAUGCAUACUGCGUCAAGGUGCACGUCUGAAAGGAAUAGUUCUUGUUGUAAGCCGCGACAUUUUAUUCAAUUGUAACGAGUAUUUAGUGAGGGUUAAAAAAAACAAGACGCGAUAAGAGAUUAUUGAACAAAAAUGAAGAAGCUCUAAGCGAUAAAACUUUUAUUUCAAAUGGUUCCUGUUAAUUUUAAGGUUAGCUCUCAGGCGCGCAACUUUAUAUUCAUGACUUGUACUCUGAUCAGUCUCUGGCUAGCGUGACGAUUUCAAGAUAGCUAAUUGUCACUACAUUAGCUCUAUCAAGUAAGUCUGUAGACGCCUAUAGGUUGUACCGUGUGGUAGACCGAAGACUAAGGGAAGCCCUCAGUGGAUAUUCGAGCAUUGCUUAAGAGAUUCGUAGCCGUAUUUCCCUUCCGUUAACCAUCCUAACCUUUAAUUAACCUUUCAGCAAUUGGUUGCCCUUUUAGCUCAGUUUGCUCUGAUCACGAGUCACAUUAACAAUGCCAAAUUGAUUGAACGCUAAAUAAUUGUAAUACGAAAAAGACGAUUUCACACCGUUUUUUAUCCCACUCAUCCUUUUUCUUUCAUAUCAUCAAAGUCUAUCUAAAAUACAGCUAACCCAUACCUACCAGCACCAUUUUGUCCCUAGAAAAAUGUCUUCUUGGCAUUCUAUUUGAAAUCGAUAAUUCCUCUCUGCUCGUUAUGGCGUAGAACGUAUGCGUGUAUCUACGUACUGCUCCCUGAGUCGACCGGGCUGCCUUGACGGUAAUCGACAAAAAAAAUUGAACAAUAACAGUAGCGACACUUAUAAUGUAUAUUUAGUAAAUUUUUUAAAUAUAUAUACACAUAUAUAUAUUUCACAGACAUUUUCCAAAAUGUAGGGAUACGCAGAGAAAGCCCGCGGGCGGAUUGUGGGUCCCGCGUUGUCGUAUUAUUCGGCACCAUGCGGAUCCGUCCGCGAAAUCGCAAAUUCUAUCGUUCGAUUAUAUUACGCAAGACAAUAAUAAAUAUUACCGUAUGGUGUGCUGAACGGGUGUACGUGGGGCGCAAGACACAUGAAGCCAUGACCUCCCUUUCCCAUCGAAGUUGUUCGUAUGCUCACUCUUACUCAUGUUACAAAGAAAUCAAAGAAGAAACAGAAUUAUCUUUUGCAAAAAAAAUCAUAAAUUAUCUUCUCAAUUAAUUAAAAAAAAAAGAAAAAAAAAUAAUUUCCUCUGGAAUAUGGCGUUCGGUGAAGGGGGAGGAUGUUUGAUUGUGGCUUAUAUGGCAAAACUAGUGAGCUGUAAAGAACGCGAAAAAUGAUUGGUUCGUUUACUAUGGCACAACAGGAGCACGAUAUAAUUACAAUUAGAAAAUAUUGAUGAGAUUGGAGAUCUAAUUGAAUAUUUCCAUGGAAUGACGAACCAAUGAUUUUUAAUCCUUGCGUCUCAUUUAAGGUAAAAUGUGUCAGACAAUAAUAUGGCUUAAUAUUGUUAAUGGUCAUUAAGCCUGACUAAAGUAACUAUAAGUAUUAUCAUAGUAUUACUAUAUUACGCAUAUAUAUAUUACAUUAAGAAAUAUUAAUGAACAUUAUCCGAUAUGAACAUUCGUACAUUAUCGUACACGCUGUCUAUCCAAAAUGAGUUUGCGAACCUCGUCGAUCUCAAUUUCCAGGAAAUGCGAGUCCGGAUGCAUAUUGCAAAAAUGAAAAUCCACAAACCAUUAAAAUUAAUUUACAUAAUCUUUGCUAAUAAUUAAUGAAUAAUAGCAAAAUAAUAAUUUACCUAAUGAAAGCGUCGAUACUUAUAAGGAGAACUUGUACUGUAUACAGGCACGUUGUUCUUGUUUUCUUUAUGUAAUAUUAUUUAUUGUGAUUACUGUUAACUUGCAAUUAUCACUAUUGCCAUUUUGAUUGUAUGAUUGCCGCUGAGAUACGGAGAAGAAUAACUUUUGUAACAGAUAUCUAUACACAUACACAUGCAUUGGUAUACAUAAAUGUAUACAGAUAUUAUAUAUAGAUCCUAGCGUAAACGUGUUCGAUCAUAAUAUUACGGCUACACUAUGCAAUUCAAUUUGUAAACGAUCAGGACAUCCUCUUAAUGCACUCGAAAUCUCUGAGGAUUUCUGCAAAUACUAACAGACUUACACUUGACUGUUGCUUCAAUUUGCCACUUCGAGUAUUGCCACAUGAGUACGGCUUGUAAUGUAAAUUGCAAUGAAUGGUAAAUCGCGCGUUUUAAUUCGUCUUUCAGUAAUCUAUACGUUUUGCAGACAUAUAAAUUGGGUUAAAUUAUUUGUGACCUGAUUGACAUUAAUCGAAUCCGAAUAUAAUUACACGUCAUAAUCAUGUGUUCGAGAAAGGGAAGCCGUAGGGUCUGUGAUAUUGUUUGCAAAUAUCCUUUGACAACUCGUGCAUAAAACUACUGAUCGUAAUCCGACAAUAAAAUGAUUGUAUAAAAUGUUUUGAUUAGAAUGAGACUAAACACGGCAUGGAGGCGCAAUUUAUCAUGUACUCGUGCGUAGUCUCAUAUUCUGAAUUAGAGUCUUGGUGCCGUGUAUCGCAUUGGGCCUUUUUUUUAGGUAUUUCCUUAUAAAACUCUAGUCUACUGACUGCAUAUGCAUUUAAUUAAGGUAAUUUUCUGUAAUUCUGGAAAAGAGAGAUCAUCCGGCAGAUACGAUCAUGAUUCCGAUACCUAUAUGGAAAUUACAGAAAAAUACAAGCCGAAGCAUUGACAAUAAUUAAUAUUAAAAACACUUUUAAUGUUAUACAUUAGUAUUAAGGAGCAUUGUAAUCUUCAAGUCAAGUAAUCGUAUUAUUACUUCUCUUUAUCCGGGAACGAUCUUUCAAUGAGCCUACUACAUUAAUUCGAUAAUUUUUAAUUAAUGAUUUUGAUCUCGUCUAACGUCGUUUUACACUGACUUAUUGCGAAUUCUCCGUUAAGUCUAUGCCGGAUGCUUAACCAUUUCGUCAAGUUUAAAAUCGACACUGCAUUUCGAUCCCUUCGAAAUUCUUACACGGUCGUUUGUGCACGUAAAAUGUUUCAACAUGUUUAAUAGUAAAUUUUACGAUAACUCCUGAGAACUUCCGUUUCCGUUUGAUGGAAUCUUUACUGAUUGGUUAGAGCAACGAUGCUAUUUCCCAGAGCCGUGUUCGAUUAAUUUAAUUAUAUAUAAAUCAACAUUGGAGAUUAGAUAUGUUUCAAAAGGGGACCGAGAUGGAAUGGAAUUUUGCAGGAAAACUAAAUCGCAGAUGAGGUACCAGUAACAUAUUUUAUUACUAGUUUGAGGCUCAUGGAGUUUUUCGACUUCAAAUCUGUCCUUCGGUAUCUUCUGUAUGAAACAAAAAUGUUCGAUCAAAGGCUAUAAACGUAAGUAAAAGGAAAUGAAAAAUGAUGAAAAAACGUAAAGCAUGAAAAAAAACAUUAAAAGACUCUCGCUAUACUUCUGCACGGGUUGAAAUACUCGGCUCUAUCGUGCAUCACAUAUCGUAUGAUUGAUUAUCAAUAUACGUAACUGUAUAACUUAUCCGCGUCUAUUAAUGCCAAUGGUGUGAAAUAGCGAUAUCCCGAUACGAAGUCCAAUCAUGGAUAUUAAUUAAAUGACAAUGACAAGAGAUAUCCGAAGUACGUACUGGUACACUGAUAACAUAAGGAAUUGUCAAGAAACGUCAUGAUUGUAGAAGACAAUAGAAUUUAUUUAACAUGACAAUAAACAUAUCUUCCGUUAUAAUUAAUACUUGGGGGUUAUCGCUAUUUCAACUGCGGAACGUACUGACGUGUAAUAUCAAGACUAAUAUCAAAGGCUACUUAGUUGAAUCUUUAGAGGAGAUGUGGUAAAUAAUCUACUGAAAUAUUCUAAAAAAGAAAAAAUGAAGUGGCUAUUUAAAUGUGUACAUGUACAUAUAUGUGUCUGAGAACAUAUAAUAUGGAAUUCAAUUGGUUCUCUUUUCAUGCGUACUAACAGAUUUUAUGACAAUAAUAAGAACAAUAAUAAAGAGAAUCUUGCUACGCAUCAGAAAGUGGAUAUAUAAAUAUACGACGAGACUUGUAUCACUUGACUAUUAGUCCUCGUCGUUUAAUAUAAUGUUUAUAUAGUUUAGUCCGUUAUAAAAAAAAAAAUAACCAAGAAAGAUCCUAUACAAGGGCAGGCAUACAAGCAGGAACAACAUGAAGUCAAUAUUACAAUAACUAAUUAAAACUUAAGCUAUGCGAUUCGGCUCACUUAAUUAUUACUUACCUCUUAGAUAAUCCACGAGCAACAUCCAUCAUUUGAUAAUUCUUCAUACUAUUAACGCCGCUAUGUAGAUUCAAAUUACAUAUGGCGCCUUGCAGACUAAUGGAAAAUUCUAACAACUAUGUAUGUAUAUCUUCUAAGCCGCUUUAUUUAGGAACAAGGGCUUUUAUCCAGCCUAUGAUUCACACUGUCCUUGUUCGCACACUGUUAUCAGUUCCCCAGAAACGUGACAAUAAUAAACGCAUGGAUGGAGCCUAAUAUAGAAGGGACAAAGCACGAUAAGGAAGCCAAGAAAAGAAAGAACAAAAAAAAACAGAUUUCGGUCAAUACCGAAAUUCAUGUUUAAAUAUAUUAUCUUCUAAUUACAUUGAAACCGCGAGAAAAUGUGACGCAACGCUGCAUGUCCAACUUUGAUGGAGUUGUUUAUCUACAUAAUGUCAAUUUUCGUGUUUACGAACAUUAAACGUGGCAGGGGUGCUAGAGAUUGUUUUGCGGGUAACAAGGAUUGGAUGUGGAUAUGGGUGUUAGUCAAAGAGUUUGGUAAACGGACGUCUAGUGUUAAAGAAAUGUCGGUUCUAUCAAAAUGACACUUAAUUACUAAAAUGUAUAAACUUCUCCUGUUACAGCCUGUAAUACGAUUAUUGUAAUGCAGUAUAGAGCCUAACGUCUAGAAAAUAUGUCAGAACAGUCAUUCCAAUAUUUUUCCUCCUUGGAAUAUUAAUUACAAAGCUGAUUCAGAUUAUACAACUACACGUUAUGGUUUAAUUAGAUCAAAAGCGUUUAUCAGGACGAUCCAUAUCCUAUGGGAUAAUCUGGUGCUACAAUUACUAAGAGAUGAACAAGACAACGGUGGGCAUUAUGGGUGUAUAUAUAUAUAUAUAUGCAAAUAAAUAUUUCAAAGGGCAGCUUUCCGGACAAUUUUAAAUAUGGAAUGAUAGUUGGGUAAGCGCGUUUAGAGUCGGUCCUAAAAUACUUUUAAGACAAUUUUGAAGACCACAAGCAAGCUUUCAUAGCUUCACCGAACUAUUUGUAUUAGUCGAAAAACUAGACUUCUGGUUGGUCAAAAGCGUUCCUCGUAAAAGAUUUAGCCGGUGAAGAGAUAAUUUACUCGUGCGUGUCGUAGAACACAUAUAUGAUGAAGGUGUCCUAAAUUGACGCUCACACCAAAUUUCCAACAUUAUUCCAAACUCUACUCAUCCCGUACUAAGCUUAGCUCAAUUAACCUUUCGUUUGGUUAAUUUGGAUUAGAAUGCAAAUGCUAAGUACUACAGAGAUUAAAAAAGUAUCGUUAUCCGACGUGCAUGAAUAUUGCUCUAUACAUGAUACCUAAGGUGCAAAAACUGCCCUUUGACAAGUUUAUAUAUAUAUAUAUAUACGUAUACAAUCAUAUAUAAUAUAUAUUAUAUCAUAUGUAUCGGUGUACAAUAUUUGACUAUAUUUUGUUUUUAAAUAUAUGUCUAUCAUCGAUCAGACGUUUCCCUCUGCACAA